UCCUACCUACGAAACGGUCCACCGUCCACCUCUCUCAUCGGCGUCAACACAAUACAAUACAAUACAAUACCGUGGGUGUUUCGAAAAGGAAAGAGAGGAUUCUUUUCCUUCGCCGCCAACGCCAUCGUCGUCACUCGCCAUUUUCUACGGGAGGGGAAGUGGAUUAGAACGUCAGGAAAUUGAGUAUUUGGGGUGAGAGGAUUGGACGGAGCUUCUGAGAAAGAAGGUGAUAAGAUCAGUUGCAGAUUUGAGAGAGAUAGAAAUUGAAUGGUAUACUAAAACAGGCAAACAAGAGUUCAAGCCAGUCAGGUAUUCCUCUGUCGUUCGUGGUCUCUGGCCUCCAGCUCUAGCAGGUCGCUUAUCCUGAACCCUAUUUCCACUUCUCGAUUCGCCUUCUUCCUGUUUCCUGAACUUUUUUUUGCCAUUUCUUUUCUUUUGGGUACUUGCUUGUUCCGUUAUUGGCAUAAUAUUGCUGGGCUUUUGCGGCCUAUUUGAUGUGGGAAUCAUGUUUCUCUGGCGUCUCUCAGUUUUGAUUAUCAUGUGAUGUCUUUGAUUGUAGGUUUUCUUCUAGGUGAUAUGAUGAUGGGUGGUGGGUAUUACGGAAAUGGAGUAUCUUCGUCUUCCUCAUCGAAUUUGUCGGCUGCAGCUCCCCCUUUUACUGUCGAUCGCUCUGUUCCAAAACCCUUCUCCCCACUUAUUGACUUCACUGACCAAACUUACCAUCUUCCUGUUUCUAACUCAAACUCUGGUCUGCAUAAUUGGCUACCCUCCAACUCUAGUCAUGACUUCUUUUCCAUUGAUGACAACAAUGGCGCUGUAUUUGAACCUAUCCCUUCCUCAAUUGAUUACACCAACUCGCCGAAGAUUCCCCAUGUAGCUACCCUUAACCCUGCCUCCCGUUCAGCUGAUGACGGUCACCAUUCCCAUCCACCUCCAAUUCACCCUGAACCUUCCAACCCAUACCACCAGCCAUUCAUAUCUUCGGACACCAGCAAAUCGAUGCUUCCUCGCCAAUCUGGACAUGGAAUAUUGUCUCGCACCCAUGCAGUGACGCCCUUGCAACCUUCUGGUGAUAUUUGCUUCCCUCAAACUUUGGACCACACCUCACACUGGAAGGGCUUGUGGAAUAGCUCAGAUUGGCUGCAAAACAGUCAGGUGAAACUGGAUGAUGGGUGUUUUGUUGCUCAAGACAAUUAUAUGAAUGAAGGCUCUUAUGCACCUAAGAAGAUUUUUUAUGGUGAGGGAUUCAAUGGCACUGAUGUUGUCGGAAGUGAAAAGAAUGUUAAGCGUUCAAAUAUUGAGCAGAUGGAUUACCAAUCCGUCCUCUGUGAAAACCCAAAGUUCGUUAACACGGAUUAUCCAACAGCAUUGACCUGCACAGCCACUCUAGCAGGAGAAUCUGGAGGCUACGUAACUCCUUUUAGCGCGUCACUUGAACUGGGCUCAAGGAAACAAUCUCCCAGUGCAGUGGAAACUCACUUAGUUACGAAGUUGCCUUCAGUUACCAUCAAGCCACCACAUCAGGACAUGUUCUCUCACAAAACUAUGCGUCCUUGGAUUGGUGAAGGAAAAGAGUUUGGUUGUGUUAAUCCCGUAAGUAUUAAAGAGGCUCAUCCAGACAGAAAGGCUGAAGGCAAACCUGAUCUUGAUACAAGGCAACUCAGGCUUCACUUGGGGAAAAGUCAAGAAGAACUGACAAGCAACACAAGUAUUUUUAGCGAGGGCCCUUUUAUAGCAAAACCUGGGUUGCAAGUUCCUCGUAUGUAUCCGGAUGGUUUUAGUGUGUUAGUUGAUAACAAGUCCCUCAACUCUGCGGACAAUAUUGCUGAGAAUUUGGCUCAUCACAGUUCUGCUUUGGACUCUCCAUGCUGGAAAGGGGCUUCCAUAUCACACAGGUCCGGGUCUGAAGUGGCUAGGUCAUAUGAUUUGAGAAAGGUGGAAGAUUUCAGUGGUACAAAUCUUCUAGGGCCUGAAGUUUCUCCUUUCACGCCCUAUGGUGCAGAUCUAGUAAAUCCUCAGAACUCAGGUGAUUGUGAGACACACAAUGCGGCGAGGGAUCCAGAAGAGUGUUUAGGUCCUUUUAAAGAACAGACUGGUGCUAGUGCUAGUAUAUUUUCAGGUGAAGGAAUAGGUUGUGGUAUGAAACUUGAAACUCAUAACACAACAGUUAGUUGCAGCCCUGGAGUUCAAUCCUCUGAUGGUAUCUGUACGCUCAAUAAUGGAGACGAUCUAUUUCGCCAAUCAGUGGAGACUUUUGAUGGUGAAGCUCCCAAGAAGCAAAUUACUGGGGAAGGACAAGGUACAACUGUUAAACAUGCAUGGUCUAAUGAUCCUGAGACAAAUAAGAGUGAUUACCCCGAAUAUUGGUCAAGCCAUGUAUCAUUCCAUGCUAUAGAGCAAGUGUUACUUUCACCGCCUUCAGCAGAAUCUAGCCCUACUCUGGAAAAAAACAAAGCAGAAUGUAGGCCUUCUGAGCUAACUAGGCCAAGUAACAGGAAAUCAGCCCCAUAUGUUUAUAUCAAAACACUGGUUAAUUCAAUGCAUGACCUCUCCGAGUUGCUUCUCUUGCACUGUUCAAAUGAGGCUUGUGAAUUGGCCGAAGAAGAUUGUGAGACUCUUAAGGAGGUGCUUAAAAAUGUUCAUUCAAGUUUAAUGAAUAAGGCAGAGGAGGUGAUUAACAUGGAAAAGUUAUUGAUUCCAAAAAGACAACGUCAAUUUUGUGCAUUUAGAAAGGGUCCUAAUGUGGAGGCUUCUCAAUAUCAGGGACUUGGCAGUGGUAAGCUUCCAUCUCCAGUCCAGGUCCAACGUCUCCAGGAGUAUCAUAGCACUUUGGAUGGUCUCAGAGAUGAGAACUUACUCAAUCACGAGUCAGUGAAGCAUGCCAGCGUGACACAGGCUAUAAAGAAGAUUCUUACUGAGAGCUUGCACAAUGAGGUUGAAACUCAACCAGACAUAAUUUUGUAUAAAAAUCUGUGGUUAGAGGCAGAAGCAGAGUUGUGUUCUGUUAAUCAUGUAGCUCGUUAUAAUCGGAUGAGAAUGGAGAUGGAGAACGGUCAUUCGCAGCAGCUUAAUGUUUUACCAGAGAGAACAACGGCAAUGAGGAUGUUCGGAAGACCAGAGAUUUCUUCUGAUAUUUCUGCUCAGGGCACUAUGGGAUUGGAUAUUAACUCUAGACAAGUCGUGGAUACUCCUGAUUCAGAUACCUCGAUCUCAAGCGCAAGUAGUAAUUCAGAUGACACGCUUGCCAGAUCCCACGUCUUAAAAUCCCCUGUUGGCAAGUCAGUUGCUGCUAUUUUUUCUGUAGCGGGUAAAAUUUCGGAUCACAAGGAGGCUGGCAAGGCAACACUAGAAGUAAAAGAUAGUGCAAAAACAGAUGUGUUCGUCCAUGAGUCUCAUCGUUCCAGAAAUAUUGGCCACACCAAUGAUGUGGAUGCUUCUGUGAUGGCCAGAUUCCAAAUCCUUAAAUGCCGGGCUGGCAGCUUGAACUCCACAGCUACAGAGGAACACCAGCCAGAAGGUGCUGAUCUUGGAUAUCCAGGUUUAAGAGACAAUCCUUCAACCUGUAAAGAAGUCUUGGAGAACAUACCGAAGAAUGGAAAAGUGAAAACAUCCCUGCCGAUUAGUCCAGUUAAGUGUACGGAAGAACAUGUGGUUAUUGAAGACAAAUGCAACAAGAGGAAGGGGCAUGGAACUAUGAAUGUGUCGACAACCAACGUGGACCCUGUUUCAGUUCCUCUCGAAUCACAUACCUUUUACAAUACCAGUGAUCAUCCUGACGUGAGUUCUCGAUUUUUCAUUUUGAAGAGUCGGGAUGAGAAACACGAUUCCAAGAGCACAUCGGAUGUGGAGAAGUCAUCGAGUCCUGUGAUUUCUCCUUGUAAGGUAAACUUGAGACCUCUGCAGGAGAAGAAUGAUGUGACAGGUUCUGAAGAUACUUAUUCUGUGGAGCAACUCCAUUUACGUGUCCGAGACGCUCCUGCGGUUCCACAUUGCUUUGUGAAUAUGCCUGGUUAUCAGUCUCACUCCAGCUACCAGGAGAGCUCUUCUUCAUCAGACUGGGAACAUGUGCUGAAGGAGGAGGUUACUGGAGAGAAGUGAUGAAGGCUGUUAAUCGUGUUAUAAUUCAUGCGUGGAGCAUGAAAUUUACUUUUGUUCACUUAUAGAAACGUAAAUAGCACGUCGGGAUUCAUGCUGUUUUCAAAUUAUGUAUAAUUAUGUUGGCUACGUACGUGGGUACUAUAGUUAUCAAUGGGUCGUUGCUUAUCUCAAAGACGGUUGAUCCUGAAUAGGAAGCAGUUUUCGAGCAGUCUAUUUAGUGGUAUUGCUAUUGCACAAAUUGGGACUACUAAUACGAGCUGAAACUCCUCCAGUUAUUCCUAGUGCUCUCCCUUCCAACAAAGAAUUCAAUACAAGUGUCAAAUGUGGUGCAGCGCUAUACUUUAAACAACCAGUUAAGCUUCAACCAAUUCCUGUCAAGGCUGGACGCGAAGACUUGAGAAGUAGCAAAGGAGCCAAAAGGGCAACUCGGUACCACAAAUGAAUAUCAUUUCCUGUCAAGGCUGGACGUGAAGCUUUGAGAAGUAGCAAAGGAGCCAAAAGGGCAACUCGGCCCCACAAAUGAAUAUCAUAGGAUGGA